GCCAGCAGCCGCAGCAGCCGGGGGCCCCCCCGCAGCAGGACUACACCAAGGCCUGGGAGGAAUAUUACAAAAAACAAGGCGGGCGGGCCCUUGGGAGACCCCGCCGCCCCGAGGCCCCGGCCCAGCCCGCCCAGCAGGGACAGCAGGCCUCAGUGGUUGCUAUGGCGACGCCCCCGCGCCACUUCCGGUCACGCGGGCUGCGCUCCGCGCGUCAGUUCCGGUCACGUGAGGCCGGCUUCCGGUUCCGGCGGGAAGCAGAGCCGGAGCGAGCGCCCCCCAGUGCCCCGGUGCCGCAGGGCAGCAGCUCCCAGGUGGUGUCCGAGUACGUGGUCAGGGUGCCCAGGAACACCCCAAAGCGCUACAACAUCAUGGCCUUCAACAGCGCCGACAGAGUGAGCCUGAGCACCUGGGCACAGGCUCGGAUGGAGCGGGACAUGAGCAACAAGCGCAUCUACGCCGAGGAGGAGCUGCCCGAGUCGGGCGCGGGGAGCGAGUUCCACCGGCGGCUGCGCGAGGAAGCGCGGAGGAAAAAAUUCGGGAUCGUCCUGCGGGAAUUCCGGGCCGAGGAUCAGCCCUGGCUGCUCAGGGUCAACGGCAAAGGGGGCAGGAGGUUCCGGGGCGUGAAGAAGGGCGGCGUCACCGAGAACGCCUCCUACUACAUCUUCACCCAGUGCCCCGACGGCGCCUUCGAGGCCUUCCCGGUCAGGAGCUGGUUCAACUUCACCCCCCUGGCGCGGCACCGCACGCUGACGGCCGAGGAGGCCGAGGAGGAGUGGGAGAGGAGGAACAAGGUGCUGAACCACUUCAGCAUCAUGCAGCAGCGGCGGCUGCGGGACCAGGACGAGGAGGAGGAGGAGAAGGAGAAGGGGAGGAAGGCGCCGGGCAAGGGCGGGGGGCUGCGGAUCCACGACCUGGAGGAGGAUCUGGAGCUGAGCUCCGAGGAGAGCGAGGCCAGCGAGGCCGAGGGCGAGAAGAGCGCGAGGCCGAAGGGCGCCGGGGCGGGCGGCAGCAGCAGCAGCAGCAGGAGGAGGAGGAGGAGGAGGAGGAGGAAGGGCGGCAAGGGCUCCGAGGACGAGGCUCUCGAGGACAGCGACGACGGCGACUUCGAGGGCCAGGAGGUGGAUUACAUGUCCCACGGCUCCAGCAGCUCCGGUGAGGAAGAGCCCGGCCGAGCCAAAGCGCCCAAGGAGGAGGAGGAAGGCCCCAAAGGGAUCGACGAGGCGAGCGAGAGCAGCGAGGAGAGCGAGGAGGAGAAGGGCGAGGAGAAGGAGGAGGAGGAGGAGGGCAAAGCCACGCCCACCCCCCAGGAGAAGAAGAAGAAGAGAGUUUCGGGGGUCCCACAUGGAAUUGGGGCCGUUUUCGGGGGUCUCACGUGGGAUCCCCCCCAGAAGAAGAAGACCCCCCCCAAGCGGGAGCGCCACGCCUCGGGCAGCAGCUCCAGGGGGGGCUCCAGGCCCGGGACCCCCCCCCAGGAGCCGGGGGGCGCCGGGGGGACCCUGAGGGCAGCGGCGGCCAGGCUGGAGCAGGGUCGGCGGGCGGCCCCGGGGGGGUCGGAGCCCCCUCCCCAAAAACGGCUGAAGGCGGAGCCGGAACCCCCCUCGGGCAAAUCCACCCCCGAGCACCGGCGAGGUGCAGCUCACGGAGGAGGCCGCACAGCCCUGACCCCCCUGAAAGAGGUGCAGCUCACAGAGGAAGCUGUUCAUGGCGAGGUGCAGCUCACGGAGGAAGCUGUGCGCUGGUACCUGUCCCGCAAGCCCAUGACCCCCCCUGACCUCGAGCUGCAGCUCACGGAAGAAGCCGUGCGCCGCGAGGUGCAGCUGACGGAAGAAGCCGUGCGCCGCUACCUGUCCCGCAAGCCCAUGACCACCAAGGACCCCCGACUCCCCCAGCCCCUGUGA